ACUCCUCCCACCCAUGUGACUGACCACAUGGUCAUGACGUCAUCACAGGUCCUAUACGGCACAUCAGCAAAGGUCCUCACCCACCGGAGUCUGCGAGAAGAGAAACCGGAGGUCACAUGACAUCAUCCAGAUCACAUGACAUUUCACACUGGCGAUACAUCACAUGACUGAGGAUGGACAAGAGUCACAUGACUAAAAAGAUCCUGAACCUCACCCUGGAGAUCAUCUACCUGCUGACCGGAGAGGAUUACACAGUAGUGAAGAAGACAUCUGGAGAGUGUGUGGCCCCCAGCAGGUCAGGAGGAUGGAGCAGGGCCCGGGGCCCCAUCACGGAGCCUCCACCUCCCUCACUGAUACCUGAGAGGAACAAUGAGCAGAAGAUCCUAGAACUCACCCACAAGAUGAUGGAGCUGCUGACUGGAGAGGUUCCUAUAAGGUGUCAGGAUGUCACUGUCUAUUUCUCCAUGGAGGAGUGGGAGUAUAUAGAAGGACACAAGGAUCUGUACCAGGACAUAGUCAUGAUGGAGGACCACCGGCCCCGAACAUCACCACCAGAUGGAUCGAGGAAGAGGAACCCACUGGAUUCCCAGGACUGUCCGGGGGGAGAUGACGAUGUCCUACAGGAUGAUCAGGGUGAAGAUCUGCUUAAUAUUAAAGUUGUUGUUAUUGAGGAAGAAGAGGAGAUGUAUAUGAGGGGUGAUCAGCAACUAAAGGAGGAGGAAGUUCCUGUAGAGAUCUGCCCAGCAGGACCAAUGAACAGCAGGAAUAUGCCAAAUGGACAUCUUAUUCCAUCUCCAGAAGUCCAUCAUGUUACAUCGGCCAUUCCAGGACAGAACCCCAUCAUUGCUCAUGUGCUCCCGAUCCUUCACAGCCGAGCACCGGACCCCACAAAUGACAAACAUUCUCUUGACCCUACAUAUAUUGAGAAAAAAGGUGCAAAUCACAAGGUGGGCAAGCUAUAUCCAUGUAAUGUCUGCGGGAGAUAUAUUAAAUCAAAGACAAGUCUCAUUCGACAUCAGAGAAUCCACACGGGUGAGCGGCCAUUUUCAUGUUCUGAGUGCGGGAGAUGUUUUACCCAGAAAUGUGACUUUAUUCAGCAUCAGAGAGUCCACACGGGGGAGAAGCCGUUCUCAUGUACUGAUUGUGGAAAAUGCUUUAGGCGAAAAUCUAAUCUGGUUGAACAUCACAGAACUCACACGGGAGAGAAGCCUUUCUCAUGUUUAGAGUGCGAUAAAUGUUUUACCAGGAAAUCCAAACUUUUCAGGCAUCAGAAAAUCCAUCACACAAAUAAGAGAUUGUUCUUUUGCUCUGUUUGUAGAGAAAACUUCACACAGAAAUCAGACUUUCUCCAACAUCAAAGCGUUCAUGCGGCAGAAAAUUGGUUCUCGUGUCCUGAAUGUGGGAAAAGUUUUACCAGGAAGUCCAACCUUGUGAAGCAUCAGCUGGUGCACACAGGGGAGAAGCCCUUCUCAUGUUCCGAGUGCAGGAAAGGCUUCAUGAAAAAGUCUAACCUUGUGGAACAUCGGAGAAUUCACUCCGGAGAGAGGCCAUUUUCAUGUAAUCAAUGCGGAAAAUCUUUUACCCAGAAAUCAAAUCUUGUUACCCAUCAAAGAAUUCACACAGGGGAGAAACCAUAUUCAUGUUCUGAGUGUGGAAAGUGUUAUACGCAGAAGGCAAACCUUAUGGAGCAUCAGAGGGUUGGCACUUGUCAGAAGCCAUUCUCUUCUAUACCUGGCAGAUGAAUAUCCCACACUCAGUGUCGUCCUCACGGGUACUGGAACGUGUUCACACACUAGGCGGCUGCCCUGGUCAUGUUACCCCUGACGCUAUUAUGUAAGGAAAAUAUACCAACUGGUAUCACUGGAGACAGCAGUCAGGUGGUUAAUAAUAUUAGUCUCUCAUCCACCGACUGAGGCGGUGCUUCUCCCAUUACACCAGAAGCCAUUGUAAUCAGCUAAAACGUGUCUUCUCAUUAUAUGAGGCCAAAGGGAUGGGGGACAAGUUUCUUUCUUUGGCUACAUUCACACUAAGUUUUGUCC